AUGGGAAGGGAUGCUCCGGACCCCAAGAACCCCCAGUACCGGCACCCCGGGAUUCUCCAGCCCUACGGGGACCCCCCAGUUUCCUGCUGUGAUCCCGGGGACCCCCAGUACUGGCACCUCAGGAUUCUCCAGCCCUACAAGGACCCCCCAGUUUCCCGCUGGGACCCCGGGGACCCCCAGCCCUCCCAGGGCUCCGGGGACCCCCCAGCCCUGCCGGGACCCCAAGAACCCCCAUGCCGGCGGGGCCCAAGGGUGGGCGCUGUGCCCGGUUCGGGCCGCGCCGGGCGGCGGGAGCUGCGCCGCGUCCGCACGGGCCACGCCUGGGGCUGGGAACGGGAACGGCACCGGGACCCCCGGGCCACGCCUGGGGCUGCGAACCGGGAACGGGACCCCCGGGCCACCCCUGGGGCUGGGAACCGGGAACGGGAACGGGAUCCCCGAGCCACGCCUGGGGCUGGGAACCGGCACCGGGAACGGGACAGGGAUCCCCGGGCCGCGCCUGGGGUUUCGAGCGGGGCACCGGCACCGGCACCGGGACCUGCCCCGGGACCCCCGGGACACGCCUGGGGCAGCUGCGAGCCGGACACCGGGACAGACCCCGCCGGUGACGCAGAGCCCAGCGGUGGUUUCCCAACCGGGAAGUCAUUUUGUGAGUGCCGGCACAGGCCGGGCCUAAGCCGCCUUCGCCGGGGCCACCCCGCGCCCAGCUGGGCUGAGACCGGACACAGCUCAUCGCAGGGGUGGGCUGAGGGCGUGUGGGGGGCGUGGGACCCCCCACCCCACACCCAGAGCGGGGAAUUGGGGCGGCUGCAGCCCGAGGGACCCGCCGGCAGAACCGCCCGGAGCCGGGAGAGCAGCCGGAGCCAGUGGCCGGAGCCGGGAGAGCGGCCGGAGCCAGUGGCCGGAGCCAGUGGCCGGAGCCCUUCACUGGGCACGAGGACGUGA